AUGGGUAUCACCUUGCAAGAUAUAGAGGUGAUGCUGGGGAUUCCGGUGGAUGGGUUGCCUGUCACUGGGAGGACAGACCAGCAAUGGAAUGUGUUUGCUGCUCCCCCAGCUGUGGACGCUGGUGAUGAAGUCAUGCAACAACAAGAGCGCUACCACCUACUUGUAUGGAUGGGGGCCUUGUUGUUCAUGGACAAGUCGGCGGACCGGGUCUCACUAUUAACUCUGCAAUUCUUCAACCCAAUCAGCAAUGUGAGACGGUACAACUGGGCUAGUGUAGCAUUGACCUGGCUCUAUAGGCAACUUUGUAGUGCAUUGAAGAAGGAUGCGAUGCAGAUUGGAGGAGCACUCUUGUUGGUGCAGCUAUGGGCCUGUUUAAGGUGGAGGGGGCCAAAGAUCACCGCAGAGCAUGCCACACACGUCCUUGCUGCAUACCGGAUGUCGCUGGCUACAUUACGGGCAGAGCAGGAAUGA